AACGAAAUCAACUCCCCACCCCAUCUCUUUCUCUCUCCACAGCACUAUCCUCUCUCCUUCUAAAAUCCCUGUCUCUGGAUCUGUCAGAGACUAACUAAAAAGAAAAUAUCCAAAAUCAACAAACAAACAGUUAAUUCAUCCAUGUAGAUCAUCAACCCUCUCAGCCCAGCUCAGCAAAAAAAACUAAUUUUCUCGCAAUGGGCGAGCCUUUCUUCGAUCUAAUGGAGUUUCUAAAGACACCUUCCAUAACUGAAACACUUGUCGACAUUUUGCUAUGUGCAGUACCGAUAUGGCUAUCCGUUAUGAUCGGCCUCGUUAUUGGCUGGUCUUGGCGGCCUAGGUGGACUGGCUUGGUCUUUCUUGGCAUGAGGAGCAAGUUUAGGUUCCUUUGGACUGUGCCUCCUGGAUUUGGAGCUCGGCGUCUCUGGCUCGCUUUUACAGCUAUCUCGACCUUUUCUGUUUGCCGCACCAUUUGGUCCAAUUUCCAGGGUAAAAAUCGAAAAUCAGCACCCGCCGCUGUGGCUUCAAGUUCGGCAACCUCACCGAGGAAUCCAGGGGGGAGAAGUGACGGUUCUAUUAGCUCCUCUGGUGAGUUAGAGGACAGGGAGGACAUUGUCACUGAGAAUGACUUAGAACACCUAUUGCAUCUGCUGGAGGGGAAGGAUGGACAGAAGGAGUGGCAAUGUAUGAUGGAAAGGUCAACCUCGAACAUGAGAUACCAAGCUUGGCGCCAUGAGCCUCAGGAAGGUCCCACUGUAUAUCGAAGUAGAUCUGUCUUUGAGGAUGCGACUCCAGAGUUGGUUAGAGAUUUCUUCUGGGGUGAUGAGGUUCGACCUAAAUGGGAUACAAUGCUGGCUUACUUCAAAAUACUUGAAGAAUAUCCUCAUACUGGAACAAUGAUUGUGCACUGGAUAAAAAAGUUCCCAUUUUUCUGUAGUGAUCGAGAAUAUAUCAUUGGUCGAAGAAUAUGGGAUGCUGGGAAGACAUAUUAUUGCGUGACCAAGGGGGUUCCUUAUCCAGGCCUGCACAAGCGUGACAAGUUAAGGCGUGUUGACCUUUAUUUCUCAGGUUGGGUUAUUAGGGCAGUGGAAUCUCGUAAAGGAGACGGACAGAUGUCUGCAUGUGAGGUUACCCUUCUACAUUACGAGGACAUGGGGAUACCCAAAGAUGUGGCCAAGUUGGGGGUUCGUCAUGCGAUGUGGGGGGCAGUGAAGAAACUGCAUUCUGGUAUGAGAGCAUACCAGAAUGCAAGGAAAUCAGAAGCUUCGUUGUCCAGAAGCGCGCUAAUGGCAAGAAUUACCACAAAAGUGUCUUUUGAUGAAGGCAUGGAUUCUUCAGAAACAGUUAAUGAGGAGGAUAGAAGUCCAGCUGUAGAUAUCCAAAGACACAAGGAUCAUGGUAUUGAUUGGAAAUGGAUAGCUGUAGGCGGAACAGUAGCACUGGUUUGCGGUCUUCACACUGGUGCGAUUGGCAAGGCUUUGUUACUGGGAGCAGGGCAAAGACUUGCACGGAAGUGAGGGUCUCCAGGUCAAGGACGUCGUGCCCCUAUCCGUAUCCGUUUCAAGGGAGUUUUUAUCCACUUGUUGAGUUAUGGACCAAUAUUUAUCAAAGAUGGAUGAUUUAUAUUUUUCUCACGAUGGCUCUCGUUGGGUAAGAAUCUCGUCCUCCCUCCCUUCCAAAGCUUUCAUAUUCAAUGAAGGUGUCUGUUAAUUAUGCAAUUUUGCUUGUGAAAAGAGCGGGUUUGUGCCUGGCGGGUGGUUUUGGAAUCUCACAAAAUUUAUCGAGCUCAACGGGGAAGACCCACAUAAGCUAGCUGUAGCUUUGGGGGAGGGAUGGAUGGAUAACCGGCCCAAAUCCAAGCUUUAGGUCUUUCUCUCAUUAUUAUGUGUCCAUCUACCAUAAAACGGAUGCUUUGCCCAGUUAAGAACUUACAUCAUGUUUGUGAUAGUUAUUGUU